UUUGACUGUAUAUCCAUUCAUUAAUUAUCGCCAAGAUCGCCAACGUCGGCCGACCCUUUUCCCUCGAUACGGCCUGGCAGGCAUAAAAUUGUGCGGCAUGUGUAGCUGUAUCUCGGUUCCGACUUUCGCUGAUUUAAAACUUGGAGUUAAUUUACGAAGCGAGGAAUAUUUACGAAACGCGUUCGCGCCCUUACGUGUGUUCUGUGUCAUUCAACGAAACGAACAGCCUCACGUGGAUAUCGUUUUCUCGUUGUAGCAAAACAAGAGAGGCAUACGAGAGUUCGUGACGUUGACACGGCCACUUUGACCAUAUACCACGAUUUCGUACAACUCGGACGUCCAUAAAGAGAAGAGAAGAUCCUAUCAAGAACCUAUCAUACCAAAGGGGGCACGGCGGUGCCAUGUCGUCGACCAAGGCAUGCCAGCACUGCGGGUGCAGCGAGAUCGACACCGACCCGGCCAGGGGCGAUGCCGUCUGCACCAACUGCGGCUCGGUGCUCGAGGACAGCAUCAUUGUCUCGGAGAUACAGUUCGAGGAGAAUGCCCACGGCGGGUCCCGGGCCAUCGGACAGCUCAUCAGCGCAGACGGAACAUCUGGCAGGAGCUUGGGAGGCUUCCAGCACGGGUCCGGAAAGGAGUCCCGGGCGCUGACCCUGCAGAAAGCACGGCGCAAGAUCGUGCAGGUGGCAGAGCGGCUGAGGCUGAACCAGCACUGCAUCGACACGGCGUUCAACUUCUACAAGAUGGCGCUGACGCGGCACCUGACCAGGGGCCGGCGCCACUCGCACGUCGUCGCCGCCUGCAUCUACAUGGUGUGCCGCAUCGAGGGCACUCCGCACAUGUUACUGGACCUGAGUGAUGUUGUCCAGGUAAACGUCUACGAGCUGGGAAAGACAUUCCUCAAGCUGUCCAGUGCCCUCUGCAUCAACAUUCCAGCCAUUGACCCGUGCCUGUACAUUGUGCGCUUUGCACACCAUCUGGAGUUUGCGGACAAGACGCACGAGGUGUCGAUGACGGCCCUGCGGCUGGUGCAGCGCAUGAAGCGGGACUGGAUGCACACGGGGCGGCGGCCCUCGGGGCUCUGCGGGGCCGCCCUGCUGGUGGCCUCCCGGCUGCACGACUUCAGCCGCACCAUCAAGGACCUGGUGCGCGUCGUCAAGGUCUGCGAGACCACCAUCCGCAAGAGGCUGACAGAGUUUGGGGACACUCCGUCGAGCCGGCUGACAUUGGAGGAGUUCAUGACGAUUGAUCUCGAAGAGGAGCAGGACCCGCCUUGCUUCAAGGCAGCCCGCCGCAAGCAGAAGGGGGCCCUGGACGAUCCCGGGAAGGUGGACCGGGCCACCCAGGAGGUCUCGGAGCUCCAGAAGAAGAUCGAGGGCGAGCUGGAGGACCGCCGCCGCAAGGUGCGCGGCCGCUUCGCACGCUUCGCAAAGGAGGACACACUGACGCAGGAAGAGGAGAUGGAGAUCUCGCACGGGUUCAUCAUCGAGAACACAAUGGCGACCAUCAACGACUGCCUGGACGAUACUCAAAGCAGCAGGGGCUCCGACAACGGCGCUACCUCUGCGGCGCCGCCUCCGUUACGGGUGACGUCCGAGCCUCGGGAUAACGACGAGGAUGCUUCUUCGGACGACGCGGCGACGGAGGCGGAAGCGCCUCUGACGGAGCGCAACCGGAAUCUUGUGACAUCGUUGCGUCCCACCGCGGCCACUCUGGGGCUCAAGGAGAGCAUCGAGGAGUGCAUGAGGGUGCGGGACUGCAUCGAGGACACGGAAGAAACGGGUGAGCUAGACCUGGAUGGUUUGGACGACGACGAACUGGACUCGUACAUUAUGACAGAUGCCGAGGUGAAGCUCAAGACCAGGUUCUGGACGAUGCACCACGCCGAGUACCUGAAGGAGCAGGAAGAGAAGGAGGCCAGGAGAGCUCAGGAAAUGGAAGAAAAUGCCAACAAGCCAGAACCCAAGAAGAGGAAGCGGCGCAAGCGCACCAACGUGCAGGCGAACACGGCUGGAGAGGCGAUAGAGAAGAUGCUCCAAGAGAAAAAGAUCUCCAACAAGAUCAACUACGACGUGCUGAAGAGCCUCAACAGCACGGACGUGGGAUUCCCGCUGGAACCGCAGCCGCCACAGGGCAGCAGCGAGGUGGACCUGGUGGAGACUGCAUCGGUGGUUUCCGAAACGACCAAGAAGAAGAGGAAGGAGAAGCCGCCGCCAAAGCUGACUUCGCUCAUGUCCACCAUGAAGUCCAUAGCCAUGAGCCAGCCCAAGGAAGUUCGCUUGGACAGCGACGACGAGCAGGACGAACCAGCCGCCAAGGUGGUCAAGGAAGUGCCUUCGAAGGACCUUGCUGCCAUGCAGGAGUUGGAAGACGAAAUGCUCGAGCAUGAAGACGAGGACUUGGAUGAGGACUAUGAAGAGAAGGAGCAGCACUUGAGUGUGGCACAGCUAUUAGGUCAACACAGAGGGGAGGAGCAGGACGAAUACUACAUGGAAGAAGCGGACGACUACAUAGACUAACGUUCGAAGCUCCCCUAGGAUUUUCAAGACAUCAUUGCCAGAACUGUUUCGACGCGUUGCGGGCUUUGGCCCAAUUCCAAUUUUUCGUUUGAGCCACAAGCUCGCCGGUUUCUCAGGACACUAACCACGGAGAAAAGGGACGUAAAGUAUCUCCGGGCAACGGGGAAACGCCCGUUUGGCACUAGGCACUAUAUAUGUAUAUUGUUAUUUAUUGAUAGCCAUUUUUCUGUUUUCCGGUAUCUGUCGGCACAACUGCUUAUGUUUUCGCCGGAAUUUUGCGUGGCCACUGUCUCCUAGUACCGUUAAAACAGAGUUUUGCAGAAUUCUGUUUGGCGUACAAGAUUCAUGCCGCCACAUAGUAUUCUUUCGAGGCGUCAAACGCGGCGUUGUUUUUACGGAAACGUUCGCCGUUAUUCUUACGGGAGCGUGUUUCUUCGUUCUUACAGGAACCGUUUGCUGUUGUACGAAUGCUAGCCGUGCGGCAUAACAGUGUGUGGAUAUAAUGUACAUAUUGCCUUUUUUUAUAUGUAUGCAAUAUUUAGGUUUACAGAGCAAAUUUACUAGAGAACACUUUGAUUUACCAUUUUCUUUUUUCUUUUUACGUAACAUAUGUUUGCAUAGGGGUUGUGGUAUUUAAAUUGCUCGUUCAAGCUUGUAGCGUUUGUGUUUUUUUACACCCUGCAAAUUCAGCUUCCCCCAUGUUGCUCAUGACUUUAUAUUUGUCCAGGAUUGUGCAAGUGCCACUAGUGCAAGCAAAUGUUUUUUGAAAGAACUAACUACGAAUUAGCUGGUCUAACCACUGUGUUCGAGCAUGACCGGACUUUAAUUAUUGUACUAUUAUGAACUGUACAUAAUCAGCUGUUAAAAACAAGUGUGUUAACAAAGGGUUUUUGGAGGAUGCACGCCGUUGGAAGUGAUCCCAAACAUGCUGCUGCAUAUCGGUCCGGAGAAUAAUUUUCCACACUUUUAAGGAAGUGGCACAAGUAAUACCAAAUACAAUGCUCUUUUCGGUGUGGUUUGCUCAUUCAUAACUUGAUAGUUCUGCGAAUCAUCAGACAGCAUUUUUGUACAGCGUAAUCUGUGUCGAAUAAAUGCACAUAAAGACACUGGAAA